AGCUCGACUAUCACUGUAGACCGGGAAUUAGCUAGUCUCCCAGCCAGACCUAGAGAAGGAACGAGAUAGUCGUCCCUUAGGAAUUGGCGUGAUUUUAUAUCCGAGCCGAAACUGCACUAUGGCGAUCAGUGACGGAGUCCGUCUUUCUAGCACAGCGCCAGGCGAUCGACGCGUUCCACCGAUGGAGUCUUGACUGCCGCAUCAGUUGUUUGGUAAACUCUUCUGUAGUCAGUUUAGUCUUGGGAAUAAGGACCUGAUAGUAGUGAGGGGGAGCAACGGUUGUCACAUGUACAUAGACAACGCGGAAGCUUUCACUCCAUGAUGCGGCUUGGCCAAAUAUAAGCCACAUCACAUAUAUAAGAUACGAAUCAUAGCUAUACCAAGGCUACAUACACUUCCACUCAUCGGCGUUCCAGCACUUGACCCAUGUCAAUGUCAAAAAAUAUCCUAGUGGUAGGUGCUACAGGCAAACAAGGUCGUGCUCUCAUCCAGGCUCUUCAACCCCCCGCGGACUCGGAUGAUGUACCAUUUCGAAUGCUGGCUCUCACUAGGUCAGCUUCCAGUGCAAGCGCACAGCGCUUGGUCCAGGAAAGACAUGUACGAGUAGUGGAGGGAGACCUCGACUCGCCAGAGUCCAUACGGAAAGUCUACGAAGAUGCAAAAAGUUCAGGUGGCAUAUGGGGUGUUUUCUGCGUUCUGGCAUUCCCUGGGCUUGGUGCAAAUGCAGAUGGGGAGGAGCGACAGGGAAAGUUUAUGGCGGAUUUAGCUCUCGAAUAUGGGGUGUCAGUAUACAUUUAUUCAACCGCCGAACGUGGUGGUGAGCAGAAUGAUGAGAUGGAGAAGCUGUCGGGUCGUGCCAAAGUACUUGCAGAGCGGCAUGUCCAGGCCCUCGGUGAGAAAGGUCUCCCAUGGACAAUAAUGCGCCCAGGAUUCUUCCUAGAUAAUUACAACGACUUCAUUGGUUCUAUCACCGUCGCUGUAAUGACUCGCGGGCUCAAAAAGGACUCGAAACUCGGGGUGGUUGACCCAAAAGAUAUCGGUCAUGUUGCUGCCGGUGUGUUCAAAAAUCCUGGGAAAUACAAACACCAGAUACUUGUGGUUAUCGGAGAUGUACUCACCAUGUCAGAGCAACAUGCAUCCUACAAACGCGCAACCGGUCGAGCCCUUCCCUCCGUUCCCGGAUUGUUAGCUACUAUUCUGUUAGCGUUGAACAAGUCGACGCAAGAGUUGGUUCAACAUUUCGAAAACAUUCACAAUGCACGAACCACUGGGCAACACGAGCAUUUUGAAUCUCAACUAAACCUAGGCCGCGAAGCUUAUCCUCAAAUGAAGACAGUUUACGAUUGGGCUGUCGAGCAGCAGAGGAGUAAAGGACAACAAGAAAAUGCAGCAGAUUGGAACAAGGUAUCGUUAUGGCGGCUCAUGCUAGGAAAA